AUGGUGGCUCGUCUUACUGAAUAUGAAGUUAUCGGGCGUCGUUUGCCUACCGAAAACGUCCCAGAACCAAAGAUGUACCGUAUGACUAUCUUUGCUCCAAACACUGUUGUUGCUAAGUCUAGAUACUGGUACUUCUUGCAGAAAUUGCACAAGGUCAAGAAGGCUUCUGGUGAAAUUGUUUCCGUCAAGAUUGUCAAGGAAAACAACGCUACCAGUGUCAAGAACUUCGGUAUCUGGAUCAGAUACGACUCUAGAUCUGGUACCCACAACAUGUACAAGGAAUACAGAGAUGUUACCAGAACUCACGCUGUUGAAAGUUUGUACUCUGACUUGGCUGCCAGACACAGAGCCAGAUUUAGAUCUAUCCACAUCUUGAAGGUUGUUGAAUUGGAAAAGACCGAAGAUGUCAAGAGACAAUACGUCAAGCAAUUCUUGUCAAAGAACCUUGCCUUCCCAUUGCCACACAGAGUCCAAAAGUCCAAGAACGUCUUCUCUUACAAGCCUGUUUCUACUUUCUACUAG